AAUCCAAUCAUGCUUAAUUCUUGCAGCGACCCAAAUCUAAGAUUACAGCAUCCAGGAGGUUGUUCUUAAAGACCAAGCUCCUGAAGAAGGCAACCUCUAUGCUUGUGACUGAAAAAGAAGAGAAGCAGAGGGAGAGAGAGACCACCUUGCGUGAGAGAGUGCCACCUCUACAGCUGUCUGGUCUGUCUGUUCAAGAGCUUCAGGCUCUCUGCAGAGAUCUGCAUCAGAAGAUUGAUGUUGUAGAUGAAGAGAGGUAUGACAUCUCGGCCAAGGUGACCAAAAAUGAAAAGGAGAUUUCAGAUCUGAACAUCAAGAUUACCGAACUUAGAGGUAAAAUGAAGAGACCUGCAUUGAAGAGGGUGAAGAUCUCUGCCGAUGCCAUGUUGGGUGCUCUUCUGGGCUCCAGGGUCAAAGAGUCUGUGGAUUUCAAAGCUAAUCUCAAGACGGUCAAGAAAGAAGAGGAGAAGAAAGAAGAGGUGACUGACUGGCGUAAGAAUGUGGAAGCCAUGUCAGGAAUGGAGGGCAGGAAGAAGCUGUUUGAUGCUGGACAAUAGAGGAUAAAUACUUCAUGGUCCAUGGUGCACAACUACAUCAGAGUUCAAAAACUUCUUAAAAUGACUGUAUAAAUCAAUGCAAGUUGAUAUAAUACAAAUACAAAUAUCUUACAUUAAUAAUAGUUUAGGAUUAUAGUUUAAUAUUUGAUGUUAGAGAAACUGCAUAUAUAAGUUACUUAGAUGAGAAAACAGUGUCUCAAACUUACUUGAUGUCUACUUGAUGUCUGUUUCUGUGAUGCUGAGCCCAUUUUCUGUCUUAAAAAUAAAGCAUAUCAAUG